AGCAACUAAGUACAGUGAUUCAUGAUACGCAUACCUUAGGAAAUAGACAGGAGUUUCUCAACCGAGUACAAGACGCUCGAAGAUGUUCCCACGAUCCCGGAAAGCCGUGUUUGUCACGCUAGAGUACGCAGACCCGAUCUUUAGUGGCAAUGGCGUGUAUAGCCGGUCGAUCGUGCAGGGUCUGCUGGCGAAAGGCUUUGACGUGCUCGUUCUUUGCGGCACCGACGGAGAUGCCACCUCCAGCAGGUAUGAUCCCUUUUCUCCGUGUGACCAAGAGGCUGGCCUCGUGGUUCCGGAAAACGGGAGCCGACGCCAACAGCAGAAGGACGUUGUUAGUACUAGAGACUCAAACCCUAUUAACCAGUCCGGGAGGCUGAAGGUCGUGGCUUUCCCGCUCAAAACGUGGAGGCGCUUGGACCGAGGGUCGGACUGGGAGGGGUUGUGCACCCACGUCGAGCACAACUUCGACCGAGUUUGUCAAGAAAUCGAUCUACUGUGUGGUACAAGCUGGCGCACUUCACCAACUACGCCGCCGGGGGAAGAACGAAAUACAGAGGCGGUAGCUGCAGAUCAACAUGAUGCAGCUACCGCUAGUACGAAGAACACCGACGCACCGCUUCCGUACCUGAUCGCUGUGGACUGGACGGGCGCACACACGGCGGCGCGGUUGCAAGCAGCUCUGGCUGCGAAGCACGGCGGAAAUGUGCUCGCAAAGCAGUUCCAGCAGUCGAUCUUGUUUGUUUUUCGUAUCUUCUGCGCUUCCACCUGUUUCGAGUUUUCCGCGGACGACCGGGCGUUUUACCGGUCGAUGGAAACGAAGGCCGCUACCGAGUUCGCGGACAAAAUAAUUUGCUGUAGCACCAUCGACUGCGAGCUACUGAAAACAAGUUUGGGCAUAAUUGACGCUUUCGCGUCCGAGAACGGCGAAGACGAAAAGAUUGGUCCUGCCCCGCCAGCAGCAGCACCUAUAUUAUCGCUGAAUCCACCACUGCGAGAAGGCUUCGAGGAAAGUGUGAAGGCCGCAGUUGUUCCGGAAACGAAGCAGCCACCAGCUACGCGAAGCAAGCUGCUUUGCUGCUGCCGAUUGUCUCCAGAAAAGCGGGUGGAUUUUUUUGUGGACGUCUUGUGCACACAGAAAGUCCAGGACUUUCUUCGUCAAGUAAAUGAAGUUCUUCCAGCUACACUAGAACACUCAGCACCAGAAAAAUUGCAAGUAGACGACGCCUCUACAACUUCCACCAUAAUUACCCAAGCCGAAGGCCAAAGCGAACUUCUGGUUCUGUGCGAAGCAAAAUAUUCUUCUUCUUCUUCAAACCCGAGACGAGCAGUGGUCGUUCCUUACAUUAUCGGCUCCGCCAAUACCCCUUGGGCACAGGAGCACGUGAUCGACAGGUUACGAACCACCGGUGCCUAUCGGCUCGUUUUCGAAACGCGCGGGACACCAACCGCCGCAGCGCCAGGUGAUGGAUCUGAUGGACAAGCGCAUCAACAAGAAAAUGAUCCCCGUCCAAAAAUCAUCAUACGUGAUUUCAUGGCAGCUGACGAGCUGAGAGCGGUUUUCAAAGAAACAAUUUUGAAUUUCCAUCCGGCCUUGUACGAUUCCUACGCUAUGACGAUAGUGGAGGCAGCGGCUUGCGGGACGCCUAGUCUACUGCACCGGGAGAACACGGUCGGCGCGGCUGACGUGUUGGGGGAAGAGGGUAUCUAUCGUGUCGGCAUGACUGAUUGCGAAGCUUGUGCAGAUCGACUCAUUGAGAUAUUGAAGAAUGAAUUAGAGGUAGCUAAAACUACUAGUACUUCUGAGGAACAAUUCGAAGGAAUUGGAACUAGUACAACUAGCACGAAGAAGAAUUAUGCACUGCCGAGUACAGAUGUCGCUAGCUGCGCACAGCGAAAAGCCUUAGCAUACAGUACUAGCGAGUUCUCUGCCAGUCUGGAAAAUUUGAUAGUCUCACCAGCUGCCAAUGGGCGUGAACAACUGGACCCAUUACAAUUACGAGGUAAAGAGAAAUGA